ACAAGGCAAUUAUUCCUGCAACUUGCAACGAUGACGAAUAAACAAAAUUGCAAGUUGCAGAAACAUAAUACGAGAGGCAGUUUUUUCGCAACUUGCAACGCAAACUAAACAGAAAUGUGUUGCACAGGAAAAAUUUUCCUCUUGUAUUUCCAUCCUUUCUAUGUCUUUCAGGCGGUAAGAUGAUGGCCAAACUAACUAACUUCUAUGGAGGUUUAUUUGUCGAACGGCCUUUAAAUCAAACGCGAAAAUUCUUGUGAAUGUAUUAAUCGUUGUUAUUGUUUUGUGCCUAGCGACCGCCGUCUUGCAAACCAACAGAAAGUAUGAUGAAAGACAUACCUCCUACGCUAUGCGCUAGCUGUAGCAACUGUCUUGUUUAACUUGCAUUAUUAUUUAAUACUUUCUAUUCAAUUCAUUAGACAUUUAUCUUUCUAUCCUAUUCAUAAGAAAUUUAUCUUAUCUCAAAAUGAAAUUGUGCUGCUCUCCGAUCCGUAGAAAUUUUAUUUUAUCUUUUUCAACUUCACUUUAUCUUUUUAAAAUCUAAGAUAUGCAAUAGCAAGUAAACAAGAAUAAUCAAAAUGAAUUUCUAAUUGCCGAUAAGCUAUUCAAUUUUAUUGAAUUUAAUCCUACUAACACAAAGUGUGUUUAUAAUUGCUUCAAUCGUGUUGUUAUGAAUUUUUUUACCCGUAGACACCUGUGUGUAUAAACCACAAACUUACAAACAACACUUCUAGACAAUCCUAGACAUUAGAGAACUACGCCUCCAGUCCACCUUGCUUUAACAAGCUUGGACUCCUCACGUCUUGAUGGCUUCCGACGAUGAGAACGACCCAAAGCAGUUUCGAUUUGUAGUGCAAACGGAAGAGGAAGUUAAAACACAGAUUGGAGAAUUGAAGGAUCUGCUCUAUGAUGCCUGCGAUGCAGAGGAUAAGAUUCAAGAGGCCGGUCUUUUAAGCUACCUUGGCAUCGCGUACUUCAAAAUCUCAGAUUUCCAGCGAUCGCUUGUCUACCAAGAGAAAUACCUCGCGCUAUGCACGGAACUUGAAGACAGCAAAGGUAUUGGCCGAGCGUACUGUAACCUCGGCUGUGUGAAUAAGGCCAUGGGCGAUUUUACCCUCGCCAAGGAGAAUUUCGAGAAAGCUAUCAAGAUAAGCCAAGAAAACGGGAACAAGCGUGCUAUAGCUAGGGUGUAUAACAAUCUCGCGAAUAUCUAUGAAAUGGAUGAGGACUUUCAGGCUGCGCUUGAGUGUCAUCAAAAGCGUCUUGCGAUCUCGCAUGAAUUGAAAGACACUAAUGCGAUCGGUAAAGCGUGCGCGAGUUUGGGAAAUAUCUAUCAUGUAAUGGGGGAUUUGCCGGCAAGCAUCCGGUUCUACCAAGAAAUGCUCAAAAUUCUACGAGAAAAGCUCCGAAUUCAAGAUACACUAGCUGAGGAAUCGGAGGAGUCUGGGGACGAUGAUAUGGUUGACCUCGACUUGGUGACUCUAGAAGUCAUGGAGGAAGUGAAACGAAACAUGAAAAAAGAGGAGGAACAAAGACGUCUAGCUGAAGAGGGCGGGGCCCGGCCGAAAAGACUAAAUUUGAGAGGCGUAGUCAAAGGGUUUAAGAAUAUCAAGCGUGGGAAAGAUAAAAAGACAGAGGGUGGAGACCAAGAUAAAAAGAAAGACAAAGAUAAAAAGAAUAAAAGCGACAAAGAGAAGAAGAAGAAGACAUACACAAUCCAUACGAAUCCGGGGAUGCAGAAAUGUGUGUUUCCAUACAAAGAGAACGAUCCUAACCAGUUUCGCCUUGUUGAAGAGCCAGCGGACGAGCUUCUCGAUAAAAUAAAACGACUCAGGAAAAUCCAGAGAGAGCUUGAAAACUCUAAGGACGAGGAAGAGCUCGCAGAUAAAGCAAAUCUCCAGGGAACUCUAGGAAUUCUCCAUUUCAAGUUGGGUCACUACGAGACAUCACAAUAUCACUACCAGCAGCAACUGGACUUCGCCAAGGAAUUGUGCGAUCGUAAGACGCAAAGCUGUGCUUAUAAUAACCUAGGGUGCUUACAUAAGAUCACUGGGAGAUUAGAUGAAGCGUUUGACUGCUUCCAGAGAGCUUUACAGCUCGCUAAAGACAGGGGCGAUAGGAGGUCUAUCGCGAAAACCUUGAAUAAUCUUGGUAAUGUGUUUGAGCUGAAGUGUGAUGUGAGAGAAGCGAUAGAUUGCCAUGAAGAGCGACUAGACUUGGCUCGCGAGAUGGGAGAUUUGGAUGGUGUUUCCAAGGCGUGCGGUUCGUUAGGGGGAUUGUACAACGCUAAUGGGGAUUUGUUCAACAGCAUUGCUCGCUACCAGGAACUGGUGGAUACACUGAGAACAAAGCUAAAGAUUCAAGUGAUGCUGGCAGACGAUGAGGAGAGUAGUGACGAUGAGGUCGACUUGGACGAGAUUGCGUAUGAGAUUCAGAGGGAGAGACUAGAAGCUUUGGAACACUACAAAGAGAAGACAACUAAGAAAACAACCCUCUCCGAAAGGUUCAAGCAGUGCGGAGAUAAUGUGACAUACUUUUUCAAGAGCAUCGUGAAAAGAUAAGGCCUUUUCAGUCUUCAGUCAGUCUUUCAGCGGGCUUUUGGGAGCUUGGAUUUAUUAGCUUUAAGCCGAUUAUCGGAUUGCAGAACCAACGCAAUAUUGUCCGGCCUGGUUAACGCUGCAAUGUGGACGGAGUGUUUAGCGGAUGUCAUUUUAGCGUUAUUUUUAUACAUUUACUCACUAGUCAAUCUCGCGCUUUAUUUUUAGAAUAGCGCAACACCUUUCAACGCCAUUCUAGUGUAAGAGCGAUUCUACUUGUUCUUUUUAAUUCACGUUUUAUUUUUUUUUUUCAAAUUCACUGACUCCACAAGCAAUACAAAAUAUUUUUUUCUUAAACGUGCCAAACAAUUUAUUUACAAUCAAUACCAAUAAUAAUCGUUUCCGAUUUUCCAACCAAA